AUGGUGUCAGUGGGAGAACUGGUUCUGGUUCUGGGCUUACUGGUGAGCGCGCACUGCGAGGUGAGAGCCAGAGACCCUGAUGUGGAGGAGGAAGAGGAGGAGGGGGGGCGAGGAAGAGCUGUGCUGAGGGUGGGGGGGGCAGGGUUUGGGGGAGUCCCGCAUUACCUUCGGAGGUUUCACCACGGAGCGACAGAGCGCCCCCUGCUGGCGGACAGAGGAACACAACCAACCAGGACUGGGAACUGGUGUGCUUUCGAGCAGCAGCGUGUCGUUACCAAGGCAGUGAAGAAAACGUCUCCAGAGAGUCACGUGGUGAAGUCAGAGAGUCCGUGUCCCAGCGGAGCUCCUGACUGUCGGAUCGUCAUGUACAAGCUCUCCCCUCGUACCUUCUAUGAACAGGUGAAGUCGGUGCAGACGGAUCAUCUGUGGCGCUGCUGUCCGGGUCAUGGCGGGAGGAACUGUGAGGACACAGUUCCUGGCGCUCGGCGGGAUUCUGGCAGCUCGACUCUGAUUGGACGAUCUGAAGCAGGAAGAUCACCUGAAGAGCUCCACACUGCAGAUGUGCACACAGCAUUCCGGCAUCAGCACGGCGACCCGAACCGAGAGCAGAACGACCACCAGCCGCCCACCAGUGAGCUGCAGGACGUCGACUACCUGGACCUCAACCAGAACAACACCACUACACAGCCCCCGACCCAGGAGCCAAGCCAGGCCCACAACCCCCACCACACACCUUACACCCACAAGCCCCACCGCCCACCGCACCGCGCUGCCGACCCCUACGACCAUGAACACAGCAUCCAUCACCCACCGCACCUCGCCACAGACUUCUACGAGCACGACCACAGCUACCAUCACCCACCGGACCGCACCGCUGACUCCCAAGCCCACAAUCCCCAGCACCCACCACACCGCACCACUGACUCCCACACCCACAAUCCCCAGCACCCACCGGUCCGCACCACUGACUCCCACACCUACAAUCCCCAGCACCCACCACAUCGCACCGCUGACUCGCACACCUACAAUCCCCAGCACCCACCACAUCGCAGCGCUGACUCCGACGACCACGACCGCACCAACCGGCAGCAGGAACCUCCACUUCUAGUGGUAGAUCUGAGCAACGCCCCCCUCCCUGAAGGCCCCCCCGUGCUCCCCGCCCCCCACAUGAUGGCACUGAUCAUGUCCCAGCUGCACCCAAUCCUGCAGAGCUUCAACCACUCCGUGGAGCAGCUGAGGCGGCAGGUGGAGGUGCUGGCCGAGGACGUGGCCCAGCUGAAGAGCGACCAGCUGCAGGCGGAGCUGCAGGCGGAGCUGGAGGCGGAUCUGCGUGGCAGCGCGGAGCGGGAGGAGGAGGCCGAGCUGGAGGUGGCGACGCGGCAGGUGGAGGAGGUGAAGCGGCAGGUGGAGGAGGUGCGGAGGCUGAUGGAGAGUCAGAGGAGCGACAUGGAGAACAGGCUGCACUCACAACACAUGAUGCUGCACUACAACAUCAGCAGCCUCAAGAUGGACGUAGACGUGAAGCUGAAACGCCACCAGAAGAUGCUGCAGGUCAGCCUGCAGGACAUGAACGCCACUCUGACGGAGCUGAAGCAGGACCAGGACCAGGUCCAGGACCAGGACCAGGACCAGGUUCAGGUUCAGGACCAGGACCAGGUUCAGGACCAGGUUCAGGACCAGGACCAGGGUCAGGUUCAGGACCAGGGUCAGGUUCGGGUCCCAGAGGUCCAGCUGGACUUCUUCCCGCCUCCUUCACAGGUGUCGGACUCCUCGGCGCUCUGGGAAGCCAUCGAGCGUCUGGACAACAUGGUGGUGAACAACACGGUGAAGGUGGGCGGUCUGCUGGAGGACGUUGAAGUGACUUCGGGCGGCGUCCAGCAGCUCAGACAGGAAGUGAAGGAGCUCAGCGAGCAGAUGAACCAGACGGCUCGCAGCACUCAGAUCCAGUACAUGCUGACGGGGCUGGAGGUGGAGGAGGCGAAGGUGGAGGUGCUGGGCCGCGUGGAGGAGCUGGCGGGGAACGUGAGCCAGCACGGCCAGCGGUUCCAGGAGCUGGACUCGGACGUGGAUUACCUCUACACCGCCAUCUACAGGCACAACUCCUCCUCCGACUGUAACUGCGGAGCGCUGAAGGCCAACGUGGCUCGACUGGAGAGGGGCGUGGCCAACGUGACGGAGCUGGCCAAUGAGAACAGAUUACUGCUGGAUGAGAGUGAUGGAGGAGGAGGAGGAGGAGGAGACUGGGAGCUGGCGGUGGUGGAUCUGCGACGAGGCCUCCAACAGGUGAAGGAGUCUCUCUCCUCGCAGCAGAGCAGGAGCACGACAGUAGAGAUGAGUCUGUCUCAGCUCAGAGACUCUGUGGUCGUGAGCAGCUCUGAGGUCUCUGAGCUGAAGGAGCACAAAAAGAAGGUGGAUUUAGAGAUGAUCCGUCUGUCCAGCUCCUUCAGGUCUCUGCUCAAAGACGCCAUCAGACACAGCGACGUGCUGGAGCGCCUGCUGGGGGAGGAGGUGCUGGAGUUCCUGGAAUGGCAGCUCCAGGACCAGGAGGCCUACUCCAUCCCUGCUCUGAAGGACCAGCUGAGCCUCCUGCAGGAGCAGUGGGGGGGGAACGAGGAGAACAUGGAACCACCGCAAGGACACAGAGAGGAGAGAGAGGAGCAGCCGUCUGCAGACCAGCCCUCCUCCUCCUCCACCUCCUCCAGACUUCCAGGCACCAUGAGGAGGAGCAGCGACAUGCUCCAGCCAGAGAGCGGCAGCUGCUCCUCCUCCCUGAGAGGAGGCCUCCGCCCCCCCGCAGGAGACGGCAGCGACCUGUGGAACCUGGAGCAGACGGUGGAGAAGCUGCAGCUGAAGGUGCUCACGCUGGAGGAGAGACAGAAGAAUGCCAGCGGAGGAGGAGGAGGAGGUGUGCAGGAGAAGCUGCAGGCGGAGGUGACGUGGCUGAAGAGAGGCCUGGAGGAGCAUCUGAAGGUGUUCAAGAACGUCUUCAGUAACGCUGACGUGCUGGUUGGAUCCGACGCAACGCUGGAGCUUGAUAAACUUUGGCAGCUGCUGAGGAAUAAAGAGAAGAAGAGAGGAGGAGGAGGAGGAGGAGGAGGGAGGGAGGAGUCAGAAAGAGGAAACCACCGGAGCAGGCGGGAGGUGACAGGUGUUCCUCUCCUCUCCGGCCAAUCAGACGCCUCGCUGCUGUUCCUCGCUGGUUCUCCUCGCAGCUUGUCAGACGGGUUCAUCCUGUUCCGAUCCUUUCUGAACCACGCUCAGUUUCACGCCGGCGCCUUCACCGCUCCAGCAGACGGGAUCUACCUGUUCGUCGUCACCUUGCACCUGCAGGCCGGCUCCGCCCACGUCAGCCUGCUGAGGGGCGGGGCCGGGGCCGGGGCUGGGGCCGGGGGCGGGGCCGAGGCUCCGGUGUCUCUGCUGCGGGGGCCGGUGACGGAGGCGGGGCCCGUUACAGCCGUCAGCCUCCUGCUGCUGAGGGAGGGGGAGGAACUGAGGCCUCACCUGAGCGAGGGGAUGUGGGAGGAGUCGGAGGACAAUGUGUUCGCUGGGCUGCUGCUGCACCGGACCGCCUGAGGGGGGCGCUGUGAGCCAAUCAGCUGCCAGCAUGGGAAAAGACUCUGAGGCCAAAAGAGGCUCUGUUUAAAACCUGAACCCAGAUCAGCUGCAGUCAGAUUAACUUCUAACAGAUUUAAAGUCCAACUGAAACACUUUUAAUCACCAAAUACUGAAGUUUAUAUUUUUAAUGUUAAUAGUUUUAUUUUUUAUUGCGAAGAAACCAAAGCAACAGAUCUGCAGUUAAACUAUCAAAACUACAGCGUAUAAAAACCUCCAUCACUAGUAAAAGUACAGAAGUAUUAACCCCUACAUUUACUUAAAGCAUUAAAAUUAAAGUUUUCUUUUUGCAGACAAUAUAUCUAAUAAUAUAUUAUUAUAUAUGACAUCAUUAGAUUAUUAAUAGUGAGGCAUCAGUGUUAGAGCAGCGUGUUACUGUUGGAGCUGCUGGAGGUGGAGAUCUAAAUGAUUAGAUGUUUAAAGUCUAAGUCGACUGAUACCCAGAAC